AUGCUCGUCGACAAUCCCGUACAACACAGUUUUCCCUCCUACAAUGCCUCCUUCGAGGAGUUCUUCAACAUGGAACUCUUCGCAGGUCCAUCUAACCCCACCGCUGGUUCGAGUGGCUCGUCUCCCCGCUCGUCCCCUUCCAACUCCUAUACCGGCCUUCCCCUCACUCCCCCAGAGCCCUUCUCAAUCAACGAUAUCUCUCUUUCGCCCUCUCCCUUCUUCACCCUCUCCCAGGAGGAUGACCAGUCUAAGCUCUCCACGUUCGUACCUCCCGCCACCACCGCUGCAGGCUACGACUUUCUUUCUUCGUAUGCCCAACUGACCCAGAUGAGCAGCCCUGAGUCCUCGGGCUCUGGCUCUGGCGGGUCGGCGGACUCACCCAGCAUCGAUCCUCAACUCAUGCAUACGCCUGCAGCCUCAAAGGCGGCGAGUGACUUUGAUGAGGAGGAGGAGGGUGAUGAUGACGAUGCCGCGAUCGACGACGACCUCCAGACGAUCCCCGAGGACUACGCCUUGCCCGCCAUGAAGGUUGGCGGCAAGGGCAAGUCGAGCCGCAGGGGCACCGUCCGCGAGGGCGGCGUCGUAAAACGGUCGGGGAGCGUCGAUAGGAAGGAGAAUAAACAGCCUGUGAACAUGCUCUCGACUACGUCGAGCGACCCCGAUGACUGGCGGCCGUCGCCCGAGGAGUACAAGAAGAUGUCCUCCAAGGAAAAACGUCAGCUACGCAACAAGAUUAGCGCCCGAAACUUCCGUGUCCGCCGAAAGGAGUACAUCACCACGCUCGAGGGCGAUAUCGCAGAACGCGACAGGCUCAUCGAUGCGAUCCGGACUGAAUUGGGCAGCAUGAAGAACGAGAACGUGGCCCUGCGCCAGGAAAUCGACGCGCUCAAGAAGGCGCUUCUCGAAGGCCGAGGCCGUUCCGACACCCCUGUCCUCCUACCGCCUGCUCCCUUGCCUGCUGUCUCGGCAGCAGCUCGCGCUGCAGCUUCCUCCCCGUCGCCGUCAGGUGCCGCACCGCGGAGCCCGCUCCUUACGCCCAACACCCAAAAGGACCUACCCACGUCGCCCCGUAUGGGCGCCCGCGGCUUCUGGGGUGGCGCGCAUAGCUCGUUUGGUAUCACGCCCGUUCACACCACGCUCGUGCCGGAGUGGAGCAGCAUCCUCAAUGGCAAGGGUUCCCCUGGUCGCCAGAGCCCCGCGUUGCAGGAGAACAUCAACCCUAGCCUCAACAGUUCGACGGCUGCGGCGCUCACGUCGCUUCUGAACGCGAGCAAGGCGAACGAGGAGAAGCCGAAGGAGGCGCAGAUCGCUAUGGGUGGCUUCGACGCUUUCGCGGAUAUGAACCCCUUCACGCUGAAGUCUCUCGAUGCCUACCGCAUGCAUCUCUGGGGCAAGAUGGCCCAGCAACAGGCCCAGCAGCGUCACACUCAGCUCCAGCAGUCAGCACCUGCUCCCACUGGCCUUGCAAGCAACCUUCGUCCGCACUACUUCGCGAAGAGUCAAUCGCUCUCUGCUCUUCUCUCCGGAAAGGCCGUCUCCUCUUCUUUCUCCUCCACUUCGACCUCCCAUAUCCCCUACCCCACUCCCCCCAACUCGCCUCCUCUCCCCGCUGCUGCCAGCAAGGCCGACGCUCCCACGGCGCAGCACGCCAUGCUCGCCGCCGCGGCUUCACAGACUCUACUCGGCAAGCUCGGUGGCGCGUUCUGGGACGCGUUCGCGCGCCCGUCGGGGACGCUCGGCCCGAACGGCCACGUUAAGAAAGAGUGGGACGCGGACAAGGUCCGCCGUAUCAUGGAGGGCACGGCUGUGCUCAAGGUCGUCGACGUCGAGCCUCAGCCUUCUGAGAAGAACUGCCUUAAGGAAUGCCCUUCCAGCAAGGUUGCGGACAUCCUUGCGGAGAGCAUGGCGACCCUGAAUCUCGGCCGCAAGUAG